CACACUGCCGUGUGUCUAGAUAAUGGUUACAUGUUGAGACGAUAGGUGGCGCUGACGAUAGUGUCGGUGGAGACGGGAGACGUCAUGAUUUUUUAUUUGUCAAAGAAUUGAAUUUAAUUUAUUUUGUUAUAAACUAAUUAGUGGAAUAAGAGCGACAAUAUUAUAAUUUACUGAGAAAAAACCAACGGUUUAUUUGGUCAAAUGAUUGUCAAAAAGCUUUUGAGAAGAUAAAACAGUUGCUGUGCUCACAACCCAUUUUAGAAAUUUUUGACCAAGACCUGCCAAUAAAUAUAUACACAGAUGCAUCAAUUGCAGGAAUUGGAGCUGUGUUUAAACAAAUUCAACCUGACGGAAAGGAAAAACCUGUGGCAUAUUUCUCAAAAAAAUUAAAUGAAGCCCAGAAGAAAAAGAAGGCAAUAUACUUGGAAUGCUUAGCUAUUAAAGAAGCUAUAAAAUACUGGCAAUACUGUUGAUAGGCAAACGUUUCACAGUAUUCUCUGACCACAAACCUUUGGCAAACUUAAAUAUCAAAUCUAGAACCGAUGAAGAGUUGGGAGAACUGUCUUACUAUUUAUCACAAUACGACUUCACUAUAAAAUAUACACCAGGAAAGGAUAAUGUAGAAGCUGAUUGUUUAAGCAGAAACCCAGUAAUAGAACCAAAUAAAGAGAUACAUGAACAGUUAAAGAUAAUUAACUUAAUAACAUUGAGUGACAUAUUGACAGAUCAAAAAAAUAAUGAAGAUAUAAAAAAAUACAAAAACAAAUUGAUUUAUAAAGACAAUAUAUAUUUCAAAAAGAUAAAGAAACAAGAAAAAAUAAUACUAUCAGAAGAAUUUAGUAUAAAAUUUGUAAAAUUAAUUCAUGAAAAUAUGUGUCACAUAGGCAUAAAACAAAUGCAAAAGAAAAUAGGAAAACUAUACACAGCAAGGAAUUUAACUAAAAACAUAACAAAAACAUGUAAAUUAUGCGAUAUAUGUAUAAAGAAUAAGACAAGAGGACAGUUAAAAUAUGGUUUAAUGUCGUACCUAGGUCCUGCUACAAAACCAUUGGAAAUUGUCUCAAUAGACACAAUUGGGGGAUUCGGAGGUUCUAGGUCAACUAAGAAAUAUCUGCACCUCUUAGUCGAUCAUUUUACUCGAUACGCUUAUAUAGUAAAUUCAAAGACACAGAGUGCUAAAGACUUCAUAAAACUUUUAAAUAAUGUACCGAAUUGUCAUGAAAUUGGUAUAGUACUCACUGAUCAGUACCCCGGGAUAAAUUCACAAGAAUUUAAAACAUUUUUACAAAAAAUAUCUAUCACACUAAUUUUCACUGCAGUAAACUCACCUUUUUCCAAUGGACUCAACGAGAGGCUUAACCAAACACUGGUAAAUAAAAUAAGAUGCAAGCUAAAUGAAAAACCAAAUACUACAGCAUGGACGAGUAUUGCUCAUAAUUGUGUAGACAAAUAUAACAAUACAGAACAUUCAAUAACAGGUUUUGCACCAAGAUACCUAAUGGAUGGCACCGAUGUCUCACUAAUACCCAAUGAACUAAAACUGGAAAAACAAACAAGUGACUGGAUGAGAGAUAGAAAAACUGCAAUAGAGAGAUCUAUAAAAUCACAUGAGUACAAUAAAACAAUAGUAAAUAAGAAGAGAAUAAAAUAUAAUUUCGAAGUAGGUGAUAUGGUAUAUGUUGAAAAUGGACACAAAUUAAAUAGAAGAAAAUUGGAUGAGUUAAGGAUUGGUCCAUUUAAAAUAGAAGAAAAAGUAUCACAAUCAAUAUACAAGAUUAAUACAGGCCACAAGAAGAAGGAAUCAAAUCUGUUUCAUAUUACUAAACUGACUCCUGUGCCCAUACCAGAAUAAAUAAAGGGAUAUUGGAAAAGUGAAAAUUUCCAGAGGAAUUUUCAAUUUAAGGGGGAGAUGUAAAGGAAAUAAUGGUUACAUGUUGAGACGAUAGGUGGCGCUGACGAUAGUGUCGGUGGAGACGGGAGACGUCAUGAUUUUUUAUUUGUCAAAGAAUUGAAUUUAAUUUAUUUUGUUAUAAACUAAUUAGUGGAAUAAGAGCGACAAUAUAACUUUAAAUGUCGUUUCUUUUGAUUUACAGAGCAACGCAUGGUUUAAUUUGUCGUAAAUUCCAUAAAAAUAGAAUAAUUGUCUUAUAAAACGACAUUUAAAGUUAUAUUGUCGCUCUUAUUCCACUAAUUAGUUUAUAACAAAAUAAAUUAAAUUCAAUUCUUUGACAAAUAAAAAAUCAUGACGUCUCCCGUCUCCACCGACACUAUCGUCAGCGCCACCUAUCGUCUCAACAUGUAACCAUUAUUUCCUUUACAUG